AUGAGCCGCAACGUCCGUCUCGCCGCCAACAGCGUAUCCAGGCUGGCUGCCUCGCGCGCCUCUGUUGCUCAGGUCCGCGCCGUCUCAAACGCCGCGUCCAACGCCACCUCCAACGCCGAGUCGAGCAGCGCCGCGGCCAACGCCCAGCGCACUACCCACUUUGGCUUCCAGACCGUUGCCGAGGAGGAAAAGGAGGGUCUUGUUGGCGGUGUCUUCUCGUCGGUCGCGUCCAAGUAUGACAUUAUGAACGACUCGAUGUCGCUCGGCAUCCACCGGCUGUGGAAGGACGACUUUGUCGCCACCAUGCUCCCGCGUCUCCCUCCCUCGGUGCACCGCAACCCCGUGCGCAACGGUGUGGCUGUUCCCGACGGCGAGGCCCCGGCCCCGGCCCCCUUCAAGUGCCUCGACGUUGCCGGCGGCACCGGUGACAUUGCCUUGCGCCUGCUCGACCGCGCCCGCGACAAGUUUGGCUCGCGCGAUAUCGAGGUCGAGGUCGUUGACCUUACUGAGAACAUGCUCCACGAGGGCCGCAAGCGCGUCGCUCAGACCAUGUACUAUAACACUCCCCAGAUCACCUUCACCCAGGGCAACGCGCAGGACCUCCCCAAGCACAUCGAGGACAACUCGAUCGACCUCUACACCAUCUCGUUUGGUAUCCGUAACUGCACCUCGCUGCCUGCGGUCCUCUCUGAGGCUUUCCGCGUCCUCAAGCCCGGAGGCCGCAUCGGUGUCCUCGAGUUUGGCAAGGUCUCGAACCCUCUUCUCAAGGAGGCGUACCGCCAGUACUCGUUCCAGGUCCUCCCCGUCCUCGGCCAGGUCAUCGCCGGCGACGCCGCGUCGUACCAGUACCUCGUCGAGUCGAUUGAGCGUUUCCCUUCGCAGCCCGACUUUGCGCAGCUGAUCCGCAACGCUGGCUUCCAGACUGGUGCUAUGCGCGAGGGCAAGGGCGGUUCGUGGACUGACUACACCUUUGGUGUGGCGACCAUGUGGACUGGUGUCAAGGCAUAA